AUGGGCCUCUUGUCCGGCGCCAGCGGCAGCAAGGCCAAGGGAAAGUCCCCCGCCACCCCUUUCCCCUCAGAGUUCCUCCCACCUCCGCCGGCGCCGGUGCCUCGCCGGCAGAGGCAGCACGUGAACGUGCCAGUGCACCAGGCGGAGUGGCACUGGCAGCACCGCCAGCCUCUGCCAUAUCCGGACGUGACGCUGCCGCACGACUGGCAUCUGGAUCCAAAUAGGAUCCCAGUGCCGGCGGCGCCGCGGACGGCUCGUGCUCACGCGGAGGAGGUGCGGCGCCAGCGGUCGCUGCUGACUCCGGAGCAGCGCCGCGACCCCGCCUACGCAACCGACUCGCCCAACUGGGCGAGGUGGUUCGCCUUCGAGCACGAGGAGGCGAGGCGACGGGGCGUGCGCGAGGUCGGCCGGAGGUCGCCGCCACCGGCGCUCGUCGUCCGCGAGGAGGACCAGGCGGCGGAGGACGCCUACCAGGCGGCCCUUGCGGCCGUCUACCGGGAGAGCGAGGAGGACGAGCGGCGCAGAGCGGAGGCGGCGGAGGCAGAAGAGGAGGCUCGCCCUCUUUUCUACUGGUGGGCGUCUGCGUGCGGCCUAGUCGGGUACUCGCAGUUCAAAGAGCUGCUCAGGCGAGGGCUCAUCCCUCUCGAAGAUGGGAGCUGCUUGACCAACGGAUACUUGGACACGCCGCUGGACUGGGUGCCGGGGAUGCAGCAGCACAUGCGGCUGAGGGACAUGCCAACCUUCUGCCGCACCACGGACGCCGAGGACACCCCGGUGAACGAGAUCAUCGGGCAGAUGAAGAGCGCCGUCGGCUCCAAGGCCAUCAUCCUCAACACCUUCUACGAGCUCGAGAAGGACGUGGUGGACGCGCUCGCCGCCAUCUUCCCGCCGCCCGUAUACACCGUCGGGCCACUGGCCCAGGUCAUCGCCUCCUCCGCCGCCGCCGCGGACGACGGCCUAGACGCCAUGGACAUCAGCAUCUGGUCCAUGGCAUGGUGCCUGGCAUGGCUUGACGGCAAGCCGGACAAGUCGGUGGUCUACGUCAACUUUGGCAGCGUCGCCGUCAUGACGGCCGAGCAGACGCGGGAGUUCGCGCUGGGCCUGGCGACGUGCGGCUUCCCGUUCCUUUGGGUGAAGCGACCCGACAUCGUGGACGGCGACGGCGUGGCGGCGCUCCCGGAGGCGUUCCGCGACGAGCUGGAGCGCGGCGGGGGCCUCGUCGUGCCGUGGUGCCCGCAGCCGGCGGUGCUGAAGCACGCGGCGGCGGGCCUGUUCGUGACGCACUGUGGGUGGAACUCGCUUCUGGAGGCGGUGGUGGCCGGCCUGCCGGUUCUCGCCUGGCCGGUGUUCGCCGAGCAAACGACCAAGUGCAGGCAGGUGCUUGAGUGCUGGCGGAACGGCAUGGCUCUUCCCGAGGAGGUGGAGAGCGGCGCGGUGUCGGGGCUGGUGAAGGAGAUGAUGGCCGGGGAGCUGGGGAAGGAGAAACGGGCCAGAGCGGCGGAGUGGAGAGCUGCGGCCGAGGCGGCCGCCAUGGAAGGCGGCUCGUCGUUGCGCAGCGUGGACCGACUGGUCAACGACGUGCUGCUGCACGGGAAGAAGUGAGACUGCAUGCCGAGACGUCUUCACUUAUUUUAUUUUUGUUUUGAACUUGGCAUUCCUCCCUUAUGUUAUUAUAUACUGUAGAUAUUAGCAUAGCAAUGAAUAAAACGCACCAGUGUGUAGUA